UUAAUCUUUGUUUACAAAUCUAGCUCAUACUUCUCUAAUGAACAUUUGUUCACACAGAGAGCCAUACUGGAUUUGAAAAGCAUCCGUCACCGGUAUUUAAAGAGCUGGUUUAUACCUGAUUUGGUGGCAGCGUUCCCAGUUGGCUACAUACUUCUUAUUGCGGAUCUACAAUACCACAGUGACUCUCCUUCAUCGAAAGCCAGCAAAAUGAUGCGCAUCCUAAUGUUUGUGCGAAUCAUUAGCCUUGUCCGUCUGCUGCGAGUGUCAAGGCUGGUUAGGUUUUUCAACGAGGUUGAGAGAGUUUCAAAUGCCAACUUGGAGGUGGUGAGGGUAUUCCUGAAAAUCUUGUCGUUGUUUAUGAUGAUUUUCCUGCUGUGCCACUGGAAUGGCUGUAUUCAGUAUUUCGUGCCUAUGCUUGAGGAAUUUCCCUCAGACUGCUGGGUCAGAAGAGAGAAUCUGAUGAAUGCCUCAGUGGGAGAGAAGUACUCUUUUGGAGUUUUUCGGGCGCUCUCUCAUAUGACUGCAAUAUCAUACGGUUCUUCUGAAACACCUACAAGCAAGGAGUAUACUUUUUAUCAGCCGAUUCAGCAAUAUGUUUUACACUAAAAUAACGGAGCACAUUGGAUACUUAUUUAAUGCUUAGUGUUUGUUUGUUUUUAAAGAUGAUGUUGAGCUGUGGAUUGUCAUGACCAGCAUUAUGUCUGGAGCCCUCAUGUAUACGGUGAUGGUAGCAAACACCGCUGCAAUGAUGACUGAUGUGGAUUUAACAGCAAGAGCCUACAAGAACAAGAUGAAUCACCUGGAAGAUUAUAUGACCUUCAUGAAGCUUCCCAAAGCCCUUCGUAUGCGUAUCAACAACUAUUAUCAGUCUCGUUAUGCAGGGAAAUGGUACGAUGAGAAAGACGUCUUAAAGUGGGUGUCCUCGUCUCUCAGAGAGGAAAUUCUGAUAACCAUGUGUUCGGCCCUUGUGAGGAAAAUCCCCAUUUUGCGUAACUGUGAUAUAAACUUCAUCAACGGGCUUCUUGUGGAGCUGCAAUACGAGGUUUACCAGGAGGGAGACAUCAUCAUCCGAGAGGACACCGCUGGAGAGCGGAUGUUCUUCAUCGAGCAUGGACAGGUCCUAGAGGAGAACGAGUUUUACCAGAGGGAACUGAGCGACGGAGAUUACUUCGGAGACUCAUGUCUCCUAAGAAGAGGAAGGCGUUUGGCCACAGUACAAGCUCAGACCACCUGUCAGCUCUUUUCCUUGUCGGUGGACAGUUUUUAUAAAGUUUUGGAGGACUAUCCAGACAUCAAGAGGGACCUGGAGAAAUCUCAACAGAAAAAAGACCUUUUGUUAUGAUGAGAAAAUGGUCACUCCUACUUCACGUGAUUUUUCAGACUGAGCUAUGCUAUGAUAUCUGGCGAAGAAGGGCAUUAACAUCGCUACCGCCCUACAUCAGACAAGCAGAUUGGAAAAUGGAUGGAUGAAUAAAUAUGGGCAUCAAACAACCCCAUUGGAAUGGGAUUUUAGAUGGUUUGGUCUUCCUUGUCCAAGUCUUCCUUCAUCUCCUUCUACUGCUGUGAUACUUUCUAAUGCCCAAAGGAGGAAGCAACAUCACAGUUUAGAGAAGCCUGUCUCAAAUUUACUCAUGUAUUUAUGAUCUCUGCUUCUUGCUCUCUAGUUUCUCUAGUAGGAUCUUCCUCAUUUUGUAUUCUUCAUUUCCCUGUUUUAUUUUAUCUUAAUGGGUUCUUGUUUUAGAUGGACUCAUAGUUUAAAUAUCUUAGAAUAAAAAAAAUAAAUAAAAAAGUAACAAAGUCAAAUGCACAAAAUAAAAUGAAUGACUGUUCCUGUUUGUAAACUUUUAAAUAUUAGAAUGUCCGUUAUUUCUUAAUUUAUUUAUGUUUGAGGGAAUAAUCAUUUUGGAUGAAUCUUUCUAAUUAAAAGAGAAUAAUGAGUGCAGAAAAAACAUUUUGUCAGGGCCUGGAAAUAACCUACUAUAUUUUACAAAAAAAUAAAUAAAAAAUGUUUAUUUGCCGAAAGUUUUAUCAAAUGGUCCAAAACUAGACAAGCUCUUUUAUAAAGGCUGGAUGUUUCAAAAAGCCCUGAUUUAAAAAUACAAAAUAAAAAAUUUUGUGAAUAAGCAAGAAAAGAUCAUUGCACUAUUUUGUUCACUUUUUGUUUGUUUGAUUUUGAAAACAUUUAUUUUUGUGAAGAUUGCAUUAUGUUUUUAUUCCUGUCAGUUCAGAAUAUACAGUUCUUCUUUAUUUUUAUUAUAUAUUUUUAGUACCUAUUAUUAUGUAUAACUAUAUUUAGCUGUAAAAGUUUCCCUAUAGUCGGAAAAAUGUUGAAAUGUUACUCCUAUACAUGGAAAUAUAGAGAUCAAAUAGUGUUUCUAAGCUGAAAGAUACCAGAACCUUGUCUUUUGUCUGUCAAUAACAUGUAAAUCAUGCAUUAAAGAAAAUAAAUCCUUUUUUAAAUCAUGA